AUGGACAUUGUCGGUGGCACUGGGGGAACUGGGCUCCAUGCUCGUAAGCACCAUAAGGGGUCUGCCAAUAAUCACGCUGAUGACACUGACGACUCACACCCACAGAGUCCUCAUCGAAGACGGAGUCGUCGUUAUUCCCGUUAUCUUCCUUCCUUUCUUCAUAGCGAGGUUGGGGUUGCCUUUGAAAUCGUCGUCGUCUUCCUAGUCUGUGGUUUCCUUCUGGGUUAUCUUGUUCUGAGCCAUCAACAUCGGCAUGUCAUGCACUUUAUUUCCGAUCCAUUGGGCCAUCUAAGGUUGCAUGGACGAGCGGGCUUUCGGCAUCACUUCUAUUCCGGUCAACCACGAACAGUGACUGUCGUAUUGCCUAGUGUGGUCAAUCCUAAGAACCGUAAACGACGUUUAGAUUCCAUCUUUGAAACAUGGGGGCCGAAUGCCCGAGCAAUCUACGUGGUUCAUAAUGUCAGCGAAUUUCCACAGGCAGAUCACCAUGCGGUCAUAUCCGAAAAGAGUCAACCAGAAGAUCCGUACUCAUAUCCACAGAUCCUCUUGGUUCCUCCAAGUAUCAGCUUUAACGAUGGCCUUCCCAGGUUGAACUAUGUCAUUCGCACCGUCUAUGAGAAAGUCAACCCUGAUUUUGCUUUUUUUGUAAAUGACCAUACAUUUGUAAUUCCAGAACACUUGUGCAAGUACUUGGAAGACAAGCAUCCGGAAGAAGAUAUGUACCAUGGACAUGCUAUGAAGAAUCAAAAAGAUAUCUUCAAUUCUGGAGCAGCAGGAUAUGUCUUGUCGCGCAAGACGAUGCAAAGUUUGGUACAAGCAUGGGACAAAGAAGAUCCGACAUGUUUGUUGAAAAAUGGUGCCAAAUGGCUACAAGGGAACCCAGGUCUUGUGACUUCCAAGUGUUUGAAGGAGGUUCUUCAUGUGGAAGCAGUUGAUACACGCUAUCACGGAAAGUAUCACCGAUUCCAUGCCUUUCCACUCACUCGAGUAGUGAGUGGCGCUGUCGAUGAUUGGUACAAAAAGAAACACGAAGAUAUGGACAAAAUGAUGAAGACAGAUGCUUCCUACAAUCACCUUGAUUCUGGUGUGGGAUGUUGUGCACAAGAAACUAUUAGUUUUCAUUAUGUGGAAUACUCGGAAUCCAGGGCAUUGUUCUCAACCCGAGAAGCGCUGAUAGAGAAUCCUCAUAUGACAGAUCACGAACUGAAGAAAGAAAUGAUAGCAAAGUGGCCAAAAGAUUUUAAAGAGAUCGGUGGAUAUUCGAGGGGGUUGCCAAAAGAAGAGAAUAAGGAUGACUGGGAAACACUGUUAAUAGUUAUGAGGAGAAUAUCGUCCCGCCAUACACAACGAGAGUGUUAA